CGCCGCCCCUCGGAGCCAGAUUUUUUUUCCUCCUGGCACCUUUCGUCCUUUUUCAUCUUGUAUCGGGUUGAUUUAUAAACACAGAAACCAUGACGGCAGCAGAGAACGUGUGCUAUACGUUAAUUAACGUGCCAAUGGAUUCAGAACCCCCGUCUGAAAUCAGCUUAAAAAAUGACCUAGAGAAAGGCGACGUGAAGUCAAAAACGGAAGCUCUGAAGAAGGUGGUCAUCAUGAUCCUGAAUGGGGAGAAGCUUCCGGGGCUCCUGAUGACCAUCAUCCGCUUUGUGCUGCCCCUUCAAGACCACACCAUCAAAAAGCUGCUUCUGGUCUUCUGGGAGAUUGUUCCUAAGACAACGCCAGAUGGGCGGCUUCUGCACGAGAUGAUUCUUGUGUGUGACGCAUACAGAAAGGAUCUUCAGCAUCCUAAUGAGUUUAUUCGAGGCUCUACCCUUCGUUUCCUUUGCAAAUUGAAGGAAGCAGAGCUGCUAGAGCCUUUGAUGCCCGCCAUCCGUGCUUGCUUGGAGCACCGUCACAGCUACGUCAGGAGGAACGCGGUCCUGGCCAUCUAUACCAUCUACAGAAAUUUUGAACAUCUUAUACCUGAUGCUCCUGAGCUGAUACAUGAUUUUCUGGUUAAUGAGAAGGAUGCAAGCUGCAAAAGAAAUGCAUUUAUGAUGCUAAUUCAUGCAGAUCAGGAUCGGGCUUUGGAUUAUUUAAGUACAUGUAUUGAUCAAGUUCAGACAUUUGGAGACAUUCUACAGUUGGUUAUUGUUGAACUAAUUUAUAAGGUCUGUCAUGCUAAUCCAUCAGAAAGGGCCCGUUUCAUCCGCUGUAUCUACAAUUUAUUGCAGUCAUCUAGCCCUGCUGUAAAAUAUGAAGCUGCAGGGACACUGGUGACACUGUCGAGUGCACCAACUGCAAUUAAGGCUGCUGCUCAAUGUUACAUUGACUUAAUUAUUAAGGAGAGUGACAACAAUGUCAAACUCAUAGUUCUGGACCGGUUGGUGGAAUUGAAAGAGCACCCUGCUCAUGAGCGGGUCCUCCAGGAUCUGGUCAUGGACAUUCUAAGAGUACUGAGUACGCCAGACUUAGAAGUGCGUAAGAAAACGCUGCAAUUAGCGCUGGAUCUUGUCUCUUCUAGGAAUGUUGAAGAGUUGGUCAUUGUCUUGAAGAAGGAAGUAAUUAAAACAAAUAAUGUGUCUGAGCAUGAAGACACUGACAAAUACCGACAACUCCUUGUACGGACACUGCAUUCCUGCUCUGUCCGCUUCCCAGACAUGGCUGCAAAUGUUAUUCCUGUGCUGAUGGAAUUUCUCAGUGACAGUAAUGAAGCAGCAGCUGCUGACGUCUUGGAGUUUGUUCGUGAAGCCAUCCAGCGCUUUGAUAGCCUGAGGACACUGAUUGUUGAGAAGAUGCUGGAAGUCUUCCACGCUAUUAAGUCUGUCAAGAUUUACCGAGGCGCACUGUGGAUCCUGGGAGAGUACUGUAGUACAAAGGAAGACAUUCAGAGUGUGAUGACCGAGGUCCGCAGGUCCCUUGGGGAGAUCCCAAUUGUAGAAUCAGAAAUAAAGAAAGAAGCUGGUGAGUUAAAAUCAGAGGAAGAAAUAACUGUUGGUCCAGUUCAGAAGUUGGUUACGGAGAUGGGCACCUACGCUACUCAGAGUGCACUCAGCAGCUCUAGGCCUGCCAAGAAAGAGGAAGACAGACCACCCUUAAGAGGGUUCCUCCUGGAUGGAGAUUUCUUCGUUGCUGCCUCCCUCGCCACAACUCUGACCAAGAUUGCGUUACGCUAUGUAGCGUUGGUUCAGGAGAAGAAAAAGCAAAAUUCUUUCGUUGCUGAGGCUAUGUUGCUCAUGGCAACUAUCCUUCAUUUGGGAAAAUCAUCUCUUCCUAAGAAGCCAAUUACUGAUGAUGAUGUCGAUCGAAUCUCCCUGUGCCUCAAGGUCUUAUCUGAGUGCUCACCUUUAAUGAACGACAUUUUUAAUAAGGAGUGCAGACAGUCUCUUUCCCAAAUGUUGUCUGCUAAGCUGGAAGAAGAGAAAUUAUCCCAAAAGAAAGAAUCUGAGAAGAGGAAUGUAACAGUACAGCCUGACGACCCCAUCUCCUUCAUGCAACUGACUGCUAAGAAUGAAAUGAACUGCAAGGAAGAUCAGUUUCAGCUGAGCCUGUUGGCAGCAAUGGGCACUACGCAGAGGAAGGAGGCCGCUGACCCCCUAGCCUCCAAACUUAACAAGGUCACGCAGUUGACAGGCUUCUCGGAUCCUGUGUAUGCAGAAGCUUAUGUUCAUGUCAAUCAGUAUGAUAUCGUCCUGGAUGUUCUUGUUGUAAACCAAACCAGUGACACUUUGCAGAACUGCACACUAGAGCUGGCUACUCUAGGGGAUCUGAAACUUGUGGAAAAACCAUCUCCUUUGACUCUUGCUCCUCAUGAUUUUGCAAAUAUUAAAGCUAAUGUCAAGGUAGCAUCAACAGAAAAUGGAAUAAUUUUUGGCAAUAUAGUUUAUGAUGUCUCUGGAGCAGCAAGUGACAGGAACUGUGUGGUCCUCAGUGACAUCCACAUUGACAUCAUGGACUACAUCCAGCCUGCAACGUGCACUGAUGCUGAGUUCCGCCAGAUGUGGGCCGAGUUUGAAUGGGAGAAUAAAGUGACAGUGAACACCAACAUGACUGAUCUGAAUGAUUAUCUACAGCACAUCCUGAAAUCGACCAACAUGAAGUGCCUGACUCCAGAGAAGGCUCUUUCUGGCUACUGUGGCUUCAUGGCAGCCAACCUAUAUGCUCGUUCUAUAUUUGGAGAGGAUGCUCUUGCAAAUGUCAGCAUUGAGAAGCCAGUUCACCAGGGACCAGAUGCUGCUGUGACUGGCCAUAUAAGAAUUCGUGCGAAGAGUCAGGGAAUGGCCUUGAGCCUUGGAGAUAAAAUCAACCUGUCUCAGAAGAAGACGAGUCUAUAAGAAUGAACAAGAGCCCUGAGGGCUUGGCUGGCGUGCAGGUGUGCGCUCACAGACUCAGCAUCUCUGUGCUCUCUUCCUGCUUUAUGUUAUGUAGAUGUGAGUUCAUGCUGAAUGCAUUCCAGCCAGUAAUUUAUAGCCUUUCCCCUAAAUCAAGAAUGAGUUUAAAAUUAUAGUUUGUCUUUUGUCAUAACAGUUUUGAAUACUGUUCUCAAAGUACAUAAUAUUUCUCAUAUGUACCAAGACCAUUUUCACAGUACAAUAAACAGAUCUAUUCAUAAAUUUUUGUUAUUUUAU